GCCAGCGCGGCCCGAGCCCGGCCGAGCCGUGCCGCGCGCUCGUCUACUUCCCUGCGCGCAGUAUCAAGAAACAGAACGGCAAGAGCUUCAAGGACCUGACGCGCAUUCUGGAGGAGCAGCACGGUGACGCGCCGGACAUGGCCAAGACGGAGGACCAGCUGGCCUCGGAGCGCGCUUGGCAGGACGCCGACCAGGUAUGGCUGGUCCACAAGGAGGGCUUCUCGGCGGCGCGCCUGCUGCGGCCGCCCGACGACGACGCCGGCGGCCAGCCGGCCGACGGACGCGUCAAGAUCCGGCUCCAGGACAGCAACGAGGUCAUCGAGGUCGACGAGGACGACAUCGAGAAGGCGAACCCGCCGCAGUUUGACCAGACGGAGGAGCUGUCACAGCUGCGGCACCUGAACGAGUCGUCGGCGCUGCACACGCUGCGCCAGCGGUACGGCAGCAACCUGAUCCACACUUCGGCCGGCGCCAGCACGCUGGUCGUCAACCCCAUGUCGAGCCUGGCCAUCUACUCCGAUAAGGUGAUCCAGAUGUUCCGCGGCUGCAAGCCAGAGGACAUGCCGCCUCACAUCUACUGCACGGCGCAGACGGCAUACCGGGCGCUGCUGGGCCAGCGCCAGGACCAGAGCCUGGUGCUGCUGGGCCGCAGCGGCAGCGGCAAGACCACCAACGCCCGCCACCUGCUCCACUACCUGGUCACAGCCGCCACGGCCGCCGCCGCGCCGGCGCAACGGCCGCUCACCGUGGAGAAGCUGCACGCCGCCUGGACGCUGCUGGAGGCGUUCGGCAACUGCAGGACGGUGAUGAACACCAACGCCACCCGCUUCACGUCCGUCUUCAGCCUGGACUUUGACCAGUCCGGUCAGGUGGCGUCGGGCUCCGUUCAGGUGCUGAUGCUGGAGCGAGGCCGCGUGGUGCGCCGGCCAGAGGGCGAGCCCAACUUCCACGUGUUCUACCAACUGCUGGCCGGCGCCGACCCGGCGCUGCGGCAGCGGCUCCAGCUGGACGACGGCGCCGACACCAAUGGCUUCAUGACGCCCCUGCAGAAGCCGGAGGACAAGCAGCGCGCCACGGUGGCCUGGUCCCGCCUGCUGCAGGCGGCCGGCACGCUGGCCGUCCAGCCGGCGGAGGCCGACGCCCUCUGGGCUGUGCUGGCCGCCAUCUUCCACCUGGGCGCCGCCGGCGUCAGCAAAGGUGCGCUCUCGUCCGACAAGUACCAGUUCGCCGAGCCGGGCGCGGCGCGGCGCGCCGCCGCGCUGCUCGGCGUGCGCUUGGAGGAGCUGGCGCGCGCCAUCUUUGCCUCGCAGUCGUCGGGCGCGGCCACGCUGGCGCGCUCGGCCUACCGCACGCCGCCGCGCGCCCAGGACGCCGAGCGCACGGUCGAGGGGCGCGAGGCGCUCGAGGCGUUCGUGGCCGGCCUCUACGGCGACCUGGUGUCCGUGCUGGUGUCGCUGAUCAAUAGGUCCAUUUCCAGUCCUGCCCACACGAUCAACUCCAUCGUGGUGGUGGACACGCCCGGCUUCCAGAACCCGAGCUCGUGCGGCCGCCAGGGCGGCGCCACUUUCGACGAGUUCUGCUAUAACUACGCGCAGGAGCGGCUGCAGCUGCUGUUCCACGAGCAGACCUUCAUCAACGAGCGGGACAGAUACGCCCAGGAGAACAUCGCGUUGAACAUGUCGGAGCUGGAGGGCGACGUGUCGGCGCCGGCGCCGCUGGUGGCGACGCUGGACCGCGCGCCGGCGGCGCGGCUGGUGCGCAGCUCGCAGACGGAGCUGCGCGGCGCCGAGCGCAGCGGCCUGCUCUGGCUGCUGGACGAGGAGGCGCUGCAGCCGGCGCCCUCCGACGCCGCCUUCCUCGAGAAAACGCUCGCCAUGUACGACUCGCGAGCCGACCAGCAGGUGCUGGUUAAGGGCCCGGCGGCCGGCCACGUCACCCUGCAGCACUUCCAGGGCACUAACCCGGUGACCUACGAUGUCAGCGGCUGGGUCAGGGCCGCCAGGGAGCCGCCUGCCGGACGCAACGCGGCCACGCUGCUCCAGGAGUCCAACAAGGAGACGGUGAGCCGCCUGUUCGUGUCGGCCCGCGGCGCCGGCGUCGGCCCGUCGGUCGGCGGCGGCUCGGUGGUCGGCAUCGACGGCUCGCUCUCGCUGCGGCGCGCCUCCAGCAUCCGGCGCACCUUCACCACCGGCCCCGCCGGCAUCAAGCGCAACAGCCGCGCCCUGCUCGUCAAGUUCCAGCUGGACGGCAUUGUGGAGCAGCUGCGGCGCACGCGGCCGCGCUUCGUCCACUGCCUGCUGCCGCAACACGACGCCGGCCUGUGCGCCCUCCGGCCGGCCACCGCGCCCGCCAAGCCCGCCAAGCCCGGCAGCCCCGAGGAGGUCGUCAUCAACGUGCCGCUGCUGCGGUCGCAGCUGCGCGGCGCCCAGCUGCUGGACGCGCUGCGGCUGCACAAGCAGGGCUACCCGGAGCACAUGCCGUUCGCCGAGUUCGGACGGCGGUUCGCGCUGCUGGCGCCGGACGCGGCCGGCGAGCAGGACGAGGCCGGCGACGAGCGCGCCGCCGCCGACCAGCUGAUGCUGCAGCUGGACGUGGACACCACCGCCUACCGGCUCGGCCUCAGUCAGAUCUUCUUCCGCUCGGGGGCGCUGACGCGGCUGGAGGAGCAGCGCGACGAGCGGCUCCAGGACAAGGUGGUGCGCCUGCAGGCGUGCUGCCGCGGCCUGCUGGCGCGCAGGCAGUUCGCCCGGCUCAAGGUUCAGGACCUGGCCAUCCGCUGUAUC